CCCAAAACAAUCACACCGACCAAAAGGUUUCGGACUGCACAGUCCACACCCAACACAGUGAGAAAUCACACCCAACCAAUUCUCCCAUUCUGCCAUCGUCACUGAGCUUCGUCGCCGUUCACGCCAUCGAGAUCCAAUCCAAAUAAAAAAUGUCGGGGAAUACGAAGAGCCAGCCUCAUGAGAGCAAGAUGAAUUUGGUCACGUUCAGGUCUCAGGACAAGGAAUGUGCAAAUUUAGCAGCUUGUAGCACACAGAACAAGCAAUUUGAUUUUCUAGGCCUGUUAUUUGAGGGUGCUGUGGCAGGAGCUACUGCUGGUGCGGUGGUGGAGACUAUUCUAUAUCCAAUUGAUACUAUAAAAACUCGAUUGCAAGCAGUUCGUGGUGGGGGUGAAAUAAUAUUUAAAGGACUAUACUCUGGAUUAACUGCAAACCUUGCUGGUGUUAUACCGGCAUCAGCUCUAUUCAUUGGAGUGUAUGAACCUACAAAGCAGAAAUUGCUAAACAUUUUUCCUGAAAACUUCUCCGCCGUUGCACACCUGGUUGCAGGUGCUGUUGGAGGUGCUGCUUCUUCUAUUGUUCGAGUUCCUACUGAGGUUAUAAAGCAAAGGAUUCAGACUGGACAAUUUGUUUCAGCACCUGAUGCUGUUCGCCUUAUAGUUGCUAAGGAGGGUUUUAAAGGCCUUUUCGCGGGAUAUGGCUCAUUUUUAUUGCGAGACUUGCCUUUUGAUGCCGUUCAAUUUUGCAUUUAUGAGCAAUUACGAAUUGGAUACAAGUUGGCAGCAAAAAGGAACCUAAACGAUCCUGAGAAUGCAAUCAUCGGUGCGUUUGCAGGUGCAAUCACCGGUGCCUUGACAAAUCCUCUGGAUUUGAUUAAAACCAGAUUAAUGGUGCAGGGGUCUGCAAAGCAGUACAAAGGUAUAUUUCAUUGUGUUAAUACAAUUCUUCGAGAAGAAGGCAGCUCUGCAUUCUUCAUGGGAAUGGGGCCAAGAGUACUGUGGAUAGGCAUCGGCGGCUGUAUAUUUUCUGGAGUUCUUGAGAAGACGAAGCAUGGGCUCGCCCAUAGGCAGCCUCUUGAAGAGAGUUAAGGUUAGUUAAACUUAUCUAAAUGUCAAGUUACAUCAAUAGUUUUUAAGAUCAACUCCAAGAUUGAUUGGAAAUGAGUCAUGAUGGUUCUUAGCAAAUUGGAUCUUGAUAGUUUGCUAGUGAAUUAGGAUUUAUAAAUUAUUUUAUCGAUCGUAAUUAUAUAUUUACAUUUAUGAUUCAAAGCAUUGGUUAUAGUUAGAUCUUGUGAAGAAUUCUAAUGUAGGAUAACAGUCCAUUGCAAAUAAUUAGUCACAUCUAAUUUCACAUCUAAUCCUUAAUUGGUUAUAUGUGCAACUCUUUUUAUA